UAUAUACUGCAUUUAUAUUUCUUGAAAAUUAUAUCAAAAUUGGACAUGAGAUGGAAGAUUGAAGAAAACAACUUUCUUUCGCAAAGAAAAUCCUUUUCGCUUGCAGUGUUCUGCCUGAUGUGCGGAUUUUUGACAACUUACGUUUCAACGUUGGAGCUCAUUCGAACAUACAUGAUUUUUCACGGCAAACAAACGAACUUGAAUUCAAGAAUUGCAGUCGGACAAGAGUCCACUAUAUAUCCCAAUAUUUCAAAAAAUAAUUACUUUUUAUCCGGUAUAAAUAUAUCGAGAAGUCAUGUAAUCUGUGGUGAUUUAUCAUCUGACACAAUCGUGAAAUCGUUCACGGGAGCCGAAGAAAUCACUACCACAAGAGGUCAGUCGUGCGUUUGUCAAGUAUCAUUUUUGAAAGACUCAGGAUGGCUGGAUUGUAUGCCUGUCUGGAACUUCCUCAUGUCCGUCAUUAAAUGCAACAAAGACUCUCACAAAAGUUUAGACGUGCGAUUGCCCGAUCAUCCUUCUAUAACCAGACGAUAUCUUACUUAUGCCUUCCCUAUGAUAUCCUGCCAAUCCGUAAUGCAAGCACAUAUAACAAUGACUUAUGUUUGUUGUUUUGCUGCUGUUACAUGGCUUGCCCUUGGUAUUUAUUAUGCUGGUUUUACUAUUAUGAAAUACAAAAGAGAAAUUACUUAUUCUGCUCGGAAAAGAAUCUUCACGGUCGCUUGAAGCAUUUUUUUUUUUAAAUUCACCAAAGCAAAUAUAAUUUAAAAUCGACAAUCGAGACUCAUUUAUUUGCAAGAAAUCGUUAACUGCUAUUAUUAAGAUAUUGGGCGGCUCUUCAUUCGAGCAUGGCGGCAAAAAUGUUACAGUGAACUGUUAGCUUCUUGUUUGCACAUGGUGAUUAAAAAGACUUUAACCUCAAUAUAAAUUAUAUAUAAGUCACUCAAUAGUAUUAUUCAUAUCAAAAAAAUUUCAAGCACGGACGGAAGACUGAACACCAGCGCCAUGGUUUGCAAUUUUUGUUAUUCUGGCCACGAGAAAGAAACGCUAUAUGUCGUUUAUGUUACCGCUACUGUUUAAUUUACAGAUGAAGAACGACCAAAGUCCUAGAAUACUAAAGAUGCGCGACUGCGAGUGUUCUAGUUUUUUUACUUUAGAAUGUCUUUUCAUUUUUUACAUUUGGUGCGGGACAUGUUUAUAUAUAUAUUCCUUUUUCUGUGAACGUUGACAAUUUGAUAUGCUCAAAUAUGCGUCACUGGUUAUAUUUACAUAAGUUUACAUUAUUAAUCAAUGUUGAAUAAUAAUGAAACGGUACUUGUGAACAUUCAUAUUCUUGUCUGCAAUAGAUGUUUUGGAAACAGAAACACUAUUACAUUUUACAAUUCUUUUUUUUACACAUUUUUUUUUACACAAGGCUUGCGAAUAUACAGCGAACAAGACCUUGGGGCAACGUGUUUAGUCCUGGGAGCACCUACUUAGCUGAAUAGGUAGAUCCGCACAAUGAAGGAGGUGUAGCAUACGAAAUAAAAAGUCUUCUCUAUUAAUUAAAAUAGAACAGAAAUUUUUUUAGUAAAAUUUUGAAUCCCAUAGAAUUCAGUAAAAGCGACUUAUUCCAUUUUAAAAAUUAAAAAUCCAAAAAAUAUUCGUCUAUAAUUUGCCGGAGAGAACGAUUUUUCUCGACAUUAACUAUUAAACGGACAAUUUUUAGAAAAACGAUCCAUUGCCCCGUUUUCGCCAGGCAGCAUGUGAUUUAGCGAAUUAAUAUGAGUUUAAAAAGGUCUUGUUUCAAACAAUUUUUUGAUUUAGUUAACAGUUAUACCCAACGUGUCGCAUUUUUAAUGAAAAAAA